GAGAGUUUGGGCUUCUCUGACACCAUAUACGUUUCUUUUUCUUAUUCUUUUUAUUCCCUCUUUUCCGCUUUUCUUUUCGUUUUUCUUUUUGCUUUUCCUCUUUUCAUAUGGCAAAUGCAGACGCGUCGGGAGUCUGGACGCUGUGGGAAACGGACAUGUCAUUUUUUCACUCGCUUUCAUCGGGGACCAAAAAGAUUUUGCAUCGUUGGGCAACCAACAAAAGGGGAUUCUUCUUUUUUUGGGGGUGCUUUGUUCUAUAUAUUUAUUACAUUUGCGGCGGUUCCGAGGUUGUGGAGUUGGCUAGCGACUUGAAUGUGAAUAGGGAGGGGAUCGUGCGUUUGAGAGCGAUGCUGGCGGCAUUGACCCCCCCUUUUUUUUUGGGGGGGGGGGGGGGGGGAGAGACAGCCGGGGAACCAGGCCCAAGACCUCUCGGUCCCUUUGUUUGGUGCGUCGUCACCUCUGGACUGGAACCCCGAAUGUUCCUAGGGGUCGACUACGGCAAGCCGAGAACCAGGGGAUUCGUACAUCAGGACCUGGACGGUCAACCAAGUGGGAAAGGAAAGCCUUCCAGUUGUUUUCUUUCCUUGACUGCACCACACACUUUUCGUCUCCUUUGUCUGGCAGGCCAUGUUAUCUUUUUUUUUUUUUUUUGUUUUUGUAUAUCUCUUUUUGUCGUUUUCUUUGUCUAGAGUCGAGCCAAAUUGCAAGGGUGACAAGGCGGGACGUCUAUUAUU